AUGUCUUGGAUACAAAAAACACCAUUAAACACUAGCAAUAGUGAUAAUAACAGUAAUAGUAAUAGUAACAGUAAUAAUAAUAAUAAUAAUAGUAAUAAUAAUAAUGGACCAACAAUAUUUCAAAGACCACCAUUAUCAAAAUCGACACAUAAUCCUCAAACUUUUAAAACACCUCUUGUAAAAUCCCCAGACAUACGAUCAACUUCAUUUGAUAGUUAUUUACCUUCUGUUGUACAUAUCUCCUCUCCUCCUCCUCCUCCACAACCAUCAUCAUCAUCGACAUCAACAACUUCAACCACAUCAACCAAUAAUAAUAAUAAUAAUAAUAAUAUAUCAUUACCAGCAAGAUUUGGUAGUACACCAUCACCACAACCACCAAAUAGAUUAUUACAUUCAUCUGGAUCACAUCCACCACCACCACCUGUACCAUUUAAAAAGUCAUUUUCAAGUUCCUCACCAUCAUCAAUAACGAGACCAGCGUCUUUAGGCACAUCAUCAUUAUCACCACAACGAAAUCCAAACUAUCGACCAUUGUCAACACCCUCCAAACUCAACUCACCCAUUGAAAAAUUAAAGGCUAGCUCUAGAAGGCGUGGUGUCACUGUGGCUGCAUCCGGUGCAGAGAUUGAUGUAGAAGAACUACGUAUGGUGUUGAUGAGCACACAACGACCACGUUCCAAAUCGGUUGAAGUACUCAAUUCAUGGGACUACCAACCUGAUGAUUGGUACAACCAACCACACAACAACAACAAUGAAGAAGAGUACUAUCCUUUAGAAGACGACUAUCAAUAUGGAACUGCAUCUUCUUCCGAUGGAUCUGCUCCCAACUCUCCAUCCCUAUCAUCACCUUUAAAGUUGAGUACUGGUAUCAGUGGCAGUAGUAAUAGUAAUAAUACUGGUAGUAGUAGUCCUAGUAGUAGUGGAACAUCACCAUCAAUCACAGCUUCACUUUCCUCCUCAACAUCUAAUCUAUUGAGAUUAUCAUUAAGUAGAUCUUUUUCAGAAGAUGUUGCCACAACAACAGGAGGAUCAAAUGAAGCAUCUGGAAAUGGUAGUCCUAGAUUAGCUGGAAUCUCUAGUGGUAGUGCAGGUAGCAGUCCAUCCAAUGGUAAUAGUGUACUUGCAUCACCAAGACAACACCAACCAUCUUCAUCGCCAUCCUCCUACUCACCAUCAUCCUCUUCAAAUAAUAUCAACAAAUUAAUAUUUGAAAAGAAUGAAGAUAACAAAUUUAGUGUUGUAUCAGGUCCAAAAAUACAAUUAAUGGAAACAUUAUGUAGUAAAAAUAAGCCUGAUUUACAAUUUGUAUAUAGUUUUAUUUUAUCUUUUCACUUUUUUAUGACAUCAAAGGAAUUAUUUGAUUUCCUAAUGAUAAAGUAUGAAACCAUUCCUCAAAGUACCCAUUCUGCUAAAAUCUCAAAACAAUUUGAAGAAAUUUCAGAAUCUAUUAAACAAAAUGUAAUAACAGUAUUAUUGAUUUGGAUUGAUUGUAAUUUCCAAGAUUUUUUGGAUGAUCCAGAAUUACAAAAAAGAUUACACCAAUUCUCGCAGGAAAAUAAGGCGGUUAGAGAGUAUAUUGAUAAACAAGAUAUUUUAAAGGUUAAUUUACAACAACUUGCAGAUCAAAUGAGAAAUGAGCUUUUAUUAUCAUCACCUAGAUCUGGUUCAAAUUCUUCUUCCUCUUCCUCUUCCUCCUCUUCGUUAUCUUCCUCAUCAAACAACAACAACAAUAAUCAAGAUAAAAAUCAUAUAUUUACAGCUUACCAAAUGCAAGAUUGGAUUGCCAAACAUUUAAAUAUUGGCAGUUCUGCCUCUGAACUAGUUCUUAGAAGACUGCUUGCAAUGAAAAGAAUAGGUUCUAUUGGUGGUCAAUUAACUGGAAAAGGGAAAAUACAAAAAGAAGAUAAUUUCUUUUUUGCAAUUCCAGCAACAAUUAAAGAAUCAUAUUCUAAAUCAUUUUUAGAUUAUCAUCCAUUGGAUAUUGCAAAACAGCUGACUAUUAUAGAGUUUAAUAUAUUCCAACAAAUUAGAUUAAAAGAGUUGUAUCAUAAGAGGUGGACGGUUGCAAAGACCAAACAUGACAACUCACCACAUAUUAUGGCACUGAUCACUCUGAGUAACAAGGUGGCCAAUUGGGUCAGCACCGAGGUUGUGACAACCCCACAUCCCAAAAAGCGACUGGAAGUACUCAAACGGUUCAUUACACUCGCCGAACAAUGCAAAAAGAUCAACAACUACAACACGUUUAUGGAGAUUAUCUCGGGACUCAACAACGGUGCCGUUGUCAGACUAAAGGACACUUGGAAGCAGCUACCCUCAAAAUACUCGAAUCUAUUCAAAUCGAUGCAAGAGUUUAUAUCGACCAACGAGAAUUGGAAACAUUAUAGAAACGCAUUGAAAAAGCGUGAGGUUCCAUGUCUACCGUAUCUAGGGUUAUUCCUUCAAGACUUGAAUUUUUUGGAAGACGGUAAUGCAAACACUGUACAACAACAAAUGCAACAACAAAUGCAUAGAUCUAUAUUAUCAUUGUCAUCAUCUUCAUCUUUGUCUUCAUCAUCUUCUUUGGAUGAUUUUAGUCUUGACGCCAGUGAUGACCAAGUCAUACAACAACAACUAGAGGAAGAAGAACCACAUAUUAAUUUUAAAAAGAUGGUUCUAUUAUCCAAUGUCUACAAAAACAUUCAGUUCUUCCAAAAACAUCCAUACCUCUCGUUCACCUCCAACAAUACAUUACAAACUUUUCUUGACAAGGAUAUGGUCAUCCUCCCAGAAAAGGAACUAUAUGAAUUCUCAAAAAUGUUUAAUGGAUUUAUAUUCUUUGUUCAUAAUAGUGUACCAUUAAAAGAGAGGUCAAAGAUUAAAGAGAAUGUAGUACAACAAGGUGCAAAGAUAUCUAGUUUGGUCAAUGCUACAGUGACACAUUUCUUGGUUGGUGUGGAAGAGUUGGAUCGUGAGACACCGGUCAUGGUCAUAAAGAGUGCCUUAAAGUCAAACCCAGCACUUAAAGUGGCACACUAUCGAUUUGUUAGUGAAUCGGUUGAAAAGGGUCAAUUGCAAUGCACCGAUCAACUCAACUCUGCAAUGUUACUACAACUACACAAUGAAAAGAAAGCUCUAUUUUCUUUAUCUUCAGCUGGUUCAUCAUCUUCAGGAUUGGGUCAAAACGAAGAUUCUUCAUCUAAAAAGAAUAAUACAAGUUACAACUUUAUAGAUAUGAUGAAAAAGAAAAAGAAAAAAGUUAGAAUCUUUAUAUCUUCAACUUUUUUAGAUAUGUCUCAAGAGCGAGAAUAUCUAACUACUCAUCUAAUGCCAGAACUAUCAGAUUACUUUAGAUCAAAGAGUAAUGCUAUCGACUUUAGUUUUGUCGAUCUUAGAUGGGGUAUAUCACGUGCCGAGUCACGUCGAAUGAAUACCAUGGCAACGUGUCUGGACGAGGUCGAGUCGAGCACAUUCUUUAUCUCGUUGCUUGGCAAUCGGUAUGGAUGGAGCGAGGGUGAAGACUAUGACAAGUCAUUCAAUGUAGCUGCUCAAAGUCACCACUGGAUCAAGGAUUUCCACGGUCGUUCCAUCUCGGAACUCGAGAUUCUAAAAGCCACCAGAUUCGCCAACUCUCCCAAGAAUGUAUUCUUUUAUUUCAGAGAACAAACUGGUGCCUCUCAACACGAACCUGAAACUCCACUUUCAACCGAUCGUUUAAAUAGAUUAAAAGGUUUAAUCAAAUCUCAUCAUUUACUUUCUUCAUCUUAUACAAAUGUUAAUCAUUUAUUAAAGAAAAUAUUUGAUGAUAUUGUUAAAAAGGUUGAAUAUCAAUUCCCAUCUAUAACCAAUAAUUCAAAUUUACAUUUCAAUUCAAUUCAAAAUAGUCAAGAAGGAACACUUGCCUAUGAAAUUGAAAAACAUGUAUCUUUUGCCAAAUCAUUAUUAAAAAACUAUGUAUCAUCAACUGAAAGAGAAGCAAUGAUUGACAAAUUAAACUCUGAUAUCAUUUCAAAUUCAACAGACAAUAUAAUGAGUAAUACACCUAUUGUUGUACAACAAAAUUUGGCUGACAGUGGAAAUGGACAGUCUUCAUUCAUCUGUUACUGGCUAUCCCAGUUACGAGCCAAAAAGAUCAUUGAUCCUGCCAAUACGUUGGUCAUUGCUCUGUUUGUUGGUGUGACAUCGGCCAGCAGAUCGAGAUUCGAGAUUCUCAGACUCACCUUUUCCAUCAUCCGUGCACACUAUCAAGUGACCACUCCACUAUCUGAAGAUCCAAAGUUGUUAGAGGAAGAGAUGACCUAUUGGUUUGAUAUUGCCACUAGAAAUGGACGCAAGUUGAUUUGGGUGGUUGACGGAGUCAACAAGUUGGAUCGUAUCGAUGGUGAGUCGGCCAAAGAGUCGAUACUGUUCCUCUGCAAGACACUACCAUCCCAAGUCAAGUUGGUGGUUGGUUCCGAUGAAUACACAAUACCUACCCAACCAACCUCCCAACAAGCAAUCAUUGCUUUCGAGGCACCCAUGGACGUGAUUCCAUUGGUCACCAAAGCAGAGCGCGUAGAGUAUAUCACUAAAUACUUGGCCAAGUAUGGUAAGCAUUUGGAUAUGGUCAAUAUUAAUCUGUUGGCCAACUCGUCAUCAUGCGAGUCACCUCUCUACCUUGCCACGGUACUAGGUGAGCUUGUCCACUCGGUCAACUCAUUCGAGCAUCUCGAUGCCAAGAUCAAGUCGCUUCUACCGUCAAGCACCUCCAUCUCCAAAUGGACCUGUACAGAACUAUAUAGUCGCAUCAUUGAGCGUUGGGAAAAGGAUCAAUCCUACCCCAAGGGAAUGGUCAAAAAGAUUCUCAAGCUAGUGUCUGUGUCUGGUGUCGGACUGUACGAACACGAAAUCCUUGCCAUACUCGACAUUAAAAACAGCUUUGGAUUCUUCUCGUCGGCCAGAUCUAUUCUCACGAUGGACGGAAACAGCACCUAUGUUUACUUCCGCUCCAAACAUCUCGUCGAUGCCGUCUCUCACCGAUACUUUGCAUCGGCCAACAACAACGCUGACAAGUUGGAAUUCAUCCAAAAGCUUUCAUCCUACUUUAUCCAACUCAACAACCCGUCUCCACGUAUCGCCGAUGUGUUGCCAGGAUACCUCGUUGAAUGUGCCGAUUGGAGUAGUCUCAGACAACUCUUGCUCCAACCAAGAGUAUUUACACUCUUGUCGACCGAGACUGGUAGAAUCCGAAUGAUCGACUAUUGGAAGAAACUCAAUCUCACCAAACCAGAGAUUAUUACCGGCUAUCGCAAGAUGUACGAUGAGUACAAAAGAGGACAUCCGCCUCUUGAAGCAUUGGCUAAUCUCACCAGACAGUUGGGUCUCUUUUUCGACAGUCUCUCCUACUAUGAAGUUGCCUUUGAAUUUUUGGAAAUGGCAAGAGACUAUCAUGUCAGUCUUCACAGUGAAUUACAUCCAACAGUUUGUCAAGACAUUCAAACUCUUGUAACCAUCACUGUCAAACAAUCAAAAUAUGAUCAAAGUGAAAACUUUUCUGAAAAGGCUCUUGUCAUUUCAAAAUCUGUCUAUGGAAAUGAUAAUUUUGGAACAUGUGAAUCAUUAAUUUUAAGAGGAUUGGUUCAAAAGAAAAAAGCAAAUUACAAGGAAGCUAAAUACUUUUAUGAAACUGCUUUGGAUAUCAUGUUCAAAUUCUUUGGAUACAACAAAAAAGAUUCAGAUAAUCCCUGUCACACUCAACACUUUAACUCGAAACUUGCAGAUCUCUACAACAACUUGGGUGAUAUCUAUAGAAAGUUGGCAUCUUUUGCCAAGGCAACCGAAUACUAUAACCAAACUUUGGUUAUUUAUAACAAUAUUAAACCACAGUAUAACCCAUCGUUUGCAGAAUUGUACAAAAAUCUUGGUUUGGUUGAAAAGAAAAAAGGAAAUUAUGUACAGGCACUAGUACACUACAACAAUGCAUUGGAGAUUAUCGAAAUGAAAUAUGGAAGAGAUCAUGUCAUGUAUGGUCUCUAUCUUUGUGAUGUAGCAGAUACAAUGAGAAAACAAGAUCAUUAUAUUGCUGCCAAAAAUACUUAUUUCAAAGCAUUAUCAAUUAUUAAAGAUAAACUUGGUAAUGAAAAUAUAGAAAUAGCAGAAAUAUUUAAUAAUCUUGGUUUAAUUGAAAAGAAACAUGGUUUUUACAAAGAAGCAAUAGAGUAUUAUAAAAAGGCAAUUGCUAUUGCUGAAAAGGUCUUUUCAAAGAAUCAUCCCAAGGUUGGUUUCUACACUCACAAUCUUGGUGACACUCACAGAAAACUGGGUGCCUAUGAGGAAGCAGAGAAAUUAUUCGCCAAGAGUUUACAAAUUGCACAGAGCAAUCUUGGCAAUGACCAUAUCGAAGUGGCCGAGAUUCUCAACAGUAUCGGCUUGGUCUACAAGAAACAAUCCAAGUACCUUCAAGCUGAACGUGAAUACAAACGUGCUAUUGCCAUUGUCGAGAAAUCGCUGGCAAAGGAUCAUCUAAAGGUUGGUAUUUACUCUAGUAAUUUGGCCGAUGUCUAUAGAAAAAAGAAACAAUUUGACCAUGCCAGAACUCACUACACCAAGGCUGAAACAAUCAUUGAAAAGGCAGUAGGUAGCCAACAUUCUGAAUAUGCCGAGGUUCAGUAUGGAUUUGGUUUACUUGAAAUGGCAUUGCAAAACUUCCCAACUGCCAUCCAACUCAUUGAAAAGGCAAUCAAAAUUACAAAGGAUGAAUUUGGUAAUCAACAUCCAAAGAUUGGUAUCUAUAGUAACAGUUUGGCAGAGGUUAUGGUCGAAGAACAAAAGGCCAAGAGAUUACCAAACCUUCCACAAUCAUUCAAUGCAAGAUUGGUUCGAACUACCUUCCAAAAUGCUCUCAACCUUCUCAAAAAGGAUCUUGGUGAGAAACACCCAGAGAUUGCAGACAUCCUCAUAAACUUGGCAGAUUUUGAGGAAAUGACUGGUGACACUCGUUUGCAUAACAUAUAUAUCGAACAAGCAAUUGAUAUCAUUCGCCAUUCAUUUGGUGAAGAUCAUCCUAAAUUUAAAUUAUUACAAUCUAAAAUCUUAAGUUAA